AUGACGGGCACCCGCAGCUGCACACUCGUGGUGUUCUUGCUGAUAGAAGCGGUGCUGGCACAAGACUACGAUGUCACGGACAUCCAAUGCACAUUCUCAAGCGGUGGUAGCGGCUUGAGAGACUCUGUCACCGCACUUCUGAGGAAACCGGAGGGGUUUCGUGGUGCGCCGCUGUUCGCCGAUGACCGCGCUACAGACCCCCUGGCGGACCCCGUCUGUCAGAUCAGACCGGAACCCGACGACCCGACGGAACUACUUUAUAGGCUGCGCAUCACUGACUUCACGCGGUGCGGCGUGUUGAAGAGAAAUGGUUUCGUUCACGUGCGUGUAUGGUUUCCCCAAUUUCCGGGUGUGGUGAUGCAGUCAGACCAGGAGUUGAUCAUCAUGUGCAAGCCCCCUGAGCCCACCAUUAUCGAAAACAAGGCUGCGGGUUUCGCUGGUAGCUUCCCACACGGAGCUCGCGUGUCAGGAGUAGUGGAGGAGACUCCUGGAAGACUUGAAUACGAAGUGGCCUUGUACAAGGAAGCCCCCCCGGUCAACAGACACUCCAACCACUCCGUGGACCUGCCAGUCGACCAGGCGGUCCCGAUCGGCACGAAACUACAGUUGCGCGCGCGCAUCAACCCGGAGUCGGCGUGGCGGCACAUCAAGCUGCUGGAGGUGGCCGUCUCCCCUGACCCCGACCGCCCGCACGCGCCCGGGUCCGUGCUACUCGUCAAGGACGGAUGCCGAAAUCGUGAAUACGCCACGAUUAUUCCGCACCAACCAGCUCGUUACCGGGAGCGACAUAACGAAGUUUUCCUGGACUUCGAAGCUUUUCUGCUGGCUUCCAUGAAAGAACGAUCAACGCUCUGGAUACAUUCACAGAUCAAGGCUUGCAUGGAUGCUGCUGACUGUCAGCCCGACUACUGCCUGGAUUUAUAUGAGCCAUCAGGUCACGGUCGCAAACGGAGGUCCCUGGCAGAUGCAAAUCACCACCACAACGUUACCAACGCAGCACUAGUAUCAGACUCGGAGAACAACACAACUCCAUUCACUAGAUUCAAAGAGAACUUAGAGUAUACUGUUGUGAUGCCAGGAGAACUGUUCCACAGAACACCACUGGAGAACACUUGUGCGACCUCCAUGAUGGUCGCGGUAGCGCUGGGAUCUUUACUGUUCAUGUCAGCUUUAUUGAUGUGCUAUCUGGCUACAAAAUUGAACUCGACGAUACUCAAGAACAACAGUAUUCAAGCGCCGACGGGGAAAGGGUUCGAACAAAUUCUCAGAGAGCUAGCUCACCAUUCACUGCCCGAUUCAGGAUAUGCGGGCCGUCCGACCGUUCAAUAA